AUGCUAUUGGGAGGCUAUUUGCCAUUGAAUGUUUUCGGUCAAUAUCGAGCUAAUUCAAAAGAAUUGAAGAUUUCUCGAUCGGAAAUAAAUGUACAUAUUUGGCUAUGGAGUUUGAUUAUCGAAGAACUGAUUAAGUUUGCGGAGACAAUAUGUUUAUUCGGCAAAAUACGAGCUUAUUUUCGUCAUGCAGGGAAUGUUUUAGAUUUUACUGCAAUUAUAUUCUAUCUUAUCGCUUUUAUAACGCGUUUUGUUGUGACCGAAAGUUGUUUUACAACGUCAAAUUUUUCUGUGAGUGUAACAUCGCUGAUAACUACAGGAGAUCAAAUCACUUGGUUUUACGACCAGAAUGGAAGUCUUAUCAAUGCUACAGUAAUUAAUGACGGAAAUGCGUACGGUACCGAGUUGUACGAUUGGGUGUUAAUUAAAAAAUUAUUUGAUUGGGGAACACCCAGAGCAUUUGGAGAGGCGAAUAUUCCAGAAAAAGGUAUGACAUAUAAAGAAACAUAUAAAGGGUGUCUAAUAAGUUCUGAUUCUCUCAAUUAAUACUCUUUUCCUCAUACUUUUCGUUGCUCGAAUCCGCUGAUAUUUACAACAUAAAUACUAUGGGUGUCAAUCUACUCUUU